AUGCAUUCCAUUGAAUACCGAGUGUCGACGUUGUGGGUGACGAUUAUCCUGCGGGACGUUAACGACAUGGCGCCCGAGUUUGUGUCUCCCGACGAGCUGACGGUUGCCGAGAACACUCCUGUGAACACCGUCGUGAUGGCGGUCAAGGCAGUGGACAGGGAUGAAGGCCGCAAUUCCUACAUAGAGUAUUCGCUGGAGCCGGUGCCCGAUAACAGGUUCACGCUGGGGCCCGUGGAUGGCCUCUUGCAGAUUGCAGGUCCUUUAGAUCGCGAAACUCGGGCCAAUUACUCGUUGGUGGUGACCGCGAAGGACCGUGGGGCAGUUCCUAAUGCUCGGACAUUAACCAUCAACCUCAAGAUUGCAGAUGAGAACGACAACUCGCCUAUAUUUGACCCUAAACAAUAUUCAUCUAGUGUGCCUGAGAACGCUUCGAUCGGUUUGUCAGUCCUUCAAGUAUCAGCCACGGACUCUGAUGAAGGACUAAAUGGACGUGUGCGAUAUAGCAUAGUUGCGGGUGACAAGAAUCGAGAUUUUUCAAUCGGUGAAGACACAGGCGUCAUUCGUGUGGCCAAAAACCUCAACUACGAGAGACGAAAUCAUUACCUGUUAACCGUUCAAGCAGAGGAUUCUGGUGGUGAUGUCCGCUACGAUUCCGCCACAGUCACCAUCUCGAUCAUGGACAUCAACGAUAACCCGCCAGUGUUCCUAGACUCGCCCUAUCUCGUGUACGUGAUGGAGAACAUGCGAGGUCUCCCCACUUCGAUAGCUACAGUGACAGCCUUCGAUGCAGAUAACCCUCCCUACAAUCGAGUUAACUACCUUGUCAAAGACGGAGACAAGUCCUUAUUUGCAGUGAAUGCUUCUUCUGGGGAAAUUAGCCUUCUUCGAGCCCUGGAUCGUGAAGAGGAGCAGCAUUACAGUCUCACUGUCGUCGCCAUUGAUUCUGGCACCCCCCGGCUGACCGGCACCGGCACCAUCUCCGUGCUGGUGCGGGAUGAGAACGACCACAGUCCGCAGUUCCUGAAGCCGGAGUACACCGCCGUCGUGAGCGAGUCCGUACCGCCGGACACUGCGAUCAUCGCCCUCACGGCCACCGACAGCGAUUAUGGCAUUAAUGCUAAGAUAAGAUAUUCGCUGGUGGGGGGCGCUGCAGGCUCGGACGUGUUCAGGGUGGACCCUGAGAACGGCGUGGUGACAACCCUGGCCCCUCUGGACCGAGAGGACGUGCAGGAAUACGUCAUCCUGGUCGAGGCCAAGGACUCAUCCUUGACAGAUCCUCGGUCUGCCACCACUCAGCUAACGGUCACGCUGCUAGACGAGAACGACAACGCGCCUGCGUUCAGCCAAGAGUAUUACGUUAUAUACGUUGCCGACCCAACUCCAGCAGGGAGCUUUGUGUUUGGUCAAGCUGCAGUUGACACGGACGCGGGAGUGAACGGAAGAAUCACGUAUUUUCUUUCUGGCCCGGACGCUGACAAAUUCUCCAUGAAGCAAGAGACCGGCGUCAUCAAAGCCGCCACUACCUUGACAGGCCGGGAACUGUACGAGUUAGAGAUCCAUGCUUCCGACUCGGGCUCUCCUCCAUUGUCGUCUGAGGCCAAGUUGAAAAUUUAUCUGAAGCCUGCGAGUCUCUUUCCGGAGUUCAAGAAACAGGAAACUUCUUUCAGCUUUAGCGAGUCAGAAAGAGGAAAUUUGAUCACAACUUUGUCUGCGACGUCUCCCAAACUUGGUCCUCUGGGCAGAGUUCACUAUGAUAUUGCUGGCGGAAAUAUUGGACAGGCGUUUGAAGUUCACGAACAGCUCGGCGAAAUUCGCAUCUCUCGAACAGGUCUUGACUACGAAACGUUGCCCCAAUACGAGUUGUGGGUUUCAGCCCGUGACUCCGACGAUCCUCCUUUAGCAUCAGCUACUCAUAUUGUGGUUAACGUCAGCGAUUAUAACGACAAUCCCCCGGUUUUCGAUCAUUCUCUGUACAAUGCAUCGAUCAUCGAGGAUUUAUUUCCAGCGCAACUUAUUGCUAGAGUCCGCGCCACCGACCGCGAUUCUAACGAAAACUCCCAAAUUUCUUACCAUCUCCGUAAGGAUUCCUCUGAUGCUGAUGCAUUUAAAUUGAAUUCUGAAACUGGAGAAAUAUUUACGAAAAUAAAAUUGGACCGAGAAAGAAUUGGCAUGUAUUCUCUCGUUGUCGAGGCUGUUGACAAAGGAACUCCUCCACUGACAGGGACUGCAAUGGUGCAGGUGACAGUGGAAGAUAAAAAUGACAAUCCCCCUCGGUUUACGCGACUGUUCAGUGUGAACGUUACAGAAAAUGCUCAAGUUGGAACUUUCGUCAUACAAGUCACUUCAAGUGAUCGAGAUAUUGGCGAAAAUGCUAACGCUACUUACAGUUUCACGGUGAAUCCAGAUGAUAAAUUCCAUAUUGAUCCUGUGAGCGGGAAUGUUACAGUAGCGUCAGCUAUAGACAGAGAAGUCCGCGAUGAAUAUUUGUUGAAAGUCUCGGCCUUCGAUGGAUCGUGGAGAGCUGAAACUCCGCUAACAAUCAUCGUUCAGGACGAAAACGAUAACUCGCCUGUUUUCGAAAGAGAUCAUUACAAAUUUAAUUUCCCUGAGCUUCAGAGAUCUGUGGCAUUUGUUGGACAAGUGUCGGCGACUGACAGGGAUAAGCCUGGUCCAAAUAGCGCCAUCACGUACAGUCUCAAAUUUCCGAAUGAAUUCUUCAGUGUGGACCCUACAAGUGGCGAGCUUCUGUCCAAACAAUCCUUGAAGUAUAGACACACGCUGAGAGGUCCUUCUCCUGAAAAUCAGUACCAGUUGGUUGUAAUUGCCACAGAUAAUGGGAAACCUCCGAUGUCAUCGCAGGCUUCUGUCUUAAUCAACGUUGUGGAUGCAAACAAUAACAUCCCUAGUUUCACUAAGGAUCGCUAUUUCUCACCAGUUCUUGAAACAGCAGAAGUCGGUCAGAAAGUAAUUCAAGUUGAGGCAGUUGACGAACACGAUUUCGGUAUAAAUGCUGAGAUCGAAUACGAGAAAGUUGGCGGGAAUGGAACUGAUUACUUCUCUCUGGAUCCACAAUCUGGUUUCAUCAGCGUCGCUAAGUCGCUGGAAGGAAAGAUUGCCAUGAGGUUCGCAUUGUUGGUUCGCGCUCGAGACAAGGGAGUUCCUCCGAGACAAGACGAUGUUGUUGUUGUUCUUGAGGUUACGGAUAAAAAUCAACAUACGCCUCAGUUCACGGCGCUCAGCUAUCAGGUGAUGGUGGCCGAAAAUGAGAAAAUUGGAGCUACGAUUAUUAAAGUAGCGGCCACUGAUGGCGACGAAGGAGUCAAUGGCAAAGUCAAGUUUGAAAUAACAAGUGGGAAUGAAGCUGGAAGAUUCAAAAUAGACGGUAACACAGGAGCAGUGAUGGUGAAGGAACUUUUGGAUUAUGACACACUUCAGCUGUACACGUUGAACAUUUCUGUUCAGGAUUUGGCUUUUCAUCCUUUUUAUGCUACUGCUUUGCUGACGAUCAAACUGGCUGAUGUCAACGAUAACCCACCAUUGUUCAAGCAAGAAAAUUACGCUGCAUCAAUACCGGAAAAUUCUGAUGUUGGUACUUCAGUAUUCAAGCUUGAAGCAACUGAUAUUGAUUCUGGGCAAAACGCAGUGAUUGAAUACAAAAUUGUGGGAGGUGACGGCAGAGACGUUUUUGCGGUCAAUCCUGAAACUGGAAUAAUAGUUUCUAAAAAAUCUUUCGACUAUGAAGAAAAGAAUCUGUAUGUGUUGCACGUAAUGGCUGUGAACCCUGACUCGGUACAAACAAGCUCUGCAAAAGUAGAAGUAUACAUCACGAGCCGCAACGAGUUCUACCCAAGAUUUGUUCAGCCAGUUUUUCAGUUCACAGUCUCCGAAUCUGCGAAUAUUGGUACAUCGCUUGGCUCCAUCCAAGCUACUGAUGAAGACAAGGGAGCGGAUGGAAUGGUUUACUAUCUGCUCGUAGGUUCCAGCAAUGACAGAGGCUUCCUCAUCGGACCCAAAUCAGGGGAGCUCACUGUCGCUCGCAACUUGGACCGCGAGAGCCAAAAUCGAGUAGUUCUCACGGUCAUGGCCAAGAAUGCCGGCAGUAUUAAGGGAAAUGAUACCGACGAGGCCCAAAUUAUAAUUUCCAUUCAAGACGGUAACGAUCCACCUGUAUUUUCUCAAGCUUACUAUGAAACCUCAUUAAGUGAAGGAGUACUGGUUGGGACCGUUGUCCUCACCGUCACUGCUGUAGAUUCAGACGUGCGAGAACAAAACAAUCAAUUUACUUAUUCCAUCAUUGGAGGCAAUCUUGGCAACGCAUUUAAAGUGGAUCCCCAGACAGGUGUCGUAGAAACGACCUCGCAGCUAGACAGGGAAGCUGUGCCUGUCUACAAUCUCACGAUUGGUGCCAUUGAUAACGGAACGCCAACACAAACUGGCACCACUCUGGUGAAGGUCAUCCUCGAAGACGUCAACGAUAACGGACCGCAGUUUAACCCACCCGAAAUAGUAGGCUACGUUUCCGAAAAUGAACCUGCAAUGACAUCGGUGAUGACUUUGAGUGCAACUGAUCCUGAUCUGCCUCCAAACACAAUGCCUUUCACAUACCAGAUCGUUGGAGGAGAACAUCGAGAGUUCUUCUCCGUCGACGGCAAAACUGGGGAGGUCAAAACCACUCGCAGCAUCGACAGAGAGACAACUCCGGUUUUGAAUUUCCGCAUUGAAGUCGAGGACAGCGGUAAGCCUAAAAUGAAAUCCGAACAUGAAGUAACAAUUAAUGUCCUGGAUAAAAAUGAUUCACCUUCCACAUCUCGUCUAGUGAAAGUCACUGUCCUUACUUUUCGAGGAAACUUCCCUGGUGGUAACAUCGCUGACGCACACCCCAACGAUCCUGACAGUGAUGGCAAGUACACCUGUCGUAUUCUCGAAGCAGAUUCAUCUAUUUUCUCUAUUCCUAACGCUUGUAAUCUGCACGUGGCAAAAAUUAAUCCAGACAAAACUUACUCCCUGACUGUCAGUGGCAAUGAUGGGCGACACAACGAUGUAACGUCAACGGUCGAUAUAGAAUUUAGUGAAUUUGAUAAUGCAACUCUGGAUAAUAGCAUCACUCUCCGUGUUCUGAAUGUGACAUCACAACGAUUUUUAUUGCUCUACUACCAGCCUUUCAAAGAGUCAAUUGAAGAAGUCUUCGCCUCUCAUCCAAUCGAGAUCACGUCAAUGCUGCAAAGAGAGUCUCACACAGACUUGACCCUAAGUGUUUUGCAUUCAUCCGACAAUGGGUAUCUAGAACCAUUCGAAAUAACUAAUAAACUAUCAGUCGACAAGGAUAAAAUUGUUAAAGCUCUUCAGGGGCUAAAAGUCAUCAUUAAUUACAAUCCAUGCGAUGAAUCACCGUGCCAAAAUGAGGGUGUCUGCUCGCACGGAAUUUUUGCGUACGAAGAAACAGAAACAGUCGACUCGCCGAGCGUGGUAUUCACUGCACCACUGGUCCGGCAUGACGCAUCGUGUGAGUGUAAGCAAGGCUUCACUGGAGCAUUCUGUGAACUACGACAAGACCCAUGCGCUCCAAACCCGUGCCAAGCUGGCGGCACGUGCGGGAGAAAAGGUUUCAAUUUUAUUUGUGCUUGUCCGCCAACUCGGCAAGGACAGCAGUGCGAGUUUGAUAAAAUGAAUGCUUGUGACAACAAUCCUUGCAGGAAUGGUGGAUCCUGCCAGACAACUCUUGAAGGAGGAUUCUUCUGCUUGUGUAGACCGGGUUAUCGGGGAAUGCAGUGUGAGUUGGUCACAGAAUCUUGCAAGCCGAACCCUUGUAUGAACGGAGGCUCUUGUAUUUCUCUCAAGCCCGAUUAUCGGUGCUCAUGUCAAACCAACUUUUACGGAUUGCAUUGUGAGAAAUCCACUUUCGGUUUCCGGGAUUUAUCCUACAUGACUUUCCCUACUCUGGACGCCACCACCAAUGACAUUUCUCUCACCUUCUCGACCAACAAGCAUGAUGCGCUCCUCGUUUAUAACUACGGCGUUCAGACUGGAGGCAGAUCCGAUUUCGUGGCAAUCGAACUAAGCGGAGGACGACCACGAUUUAGCUAUGGCGGGGCCCGCACUGCCAUCACCUCGAUCAGCGUCAACAAGAAAGUGACAGACGGAGGCUGGUAUCGGGUGACUGCGACGCGUAACGGACGGGUGGUGUCGCUCAGCGUCGCCUCGUGCUCCAAAAGUGGGGAAGUUUGCAAGGAUUGUGGGCCUGGCGACUCUUCCUGCUCAGCUGAUGACACUGGACCCACCGGCACGCUGAACUUCAACAACGAGCCCAUGUACAUGGGCGGGGUGAUGACCGUGGACCCCAUACAGGAGAGGCCUGGCCAGGUCUUGUCUGAUGACUUCGUCGGUUGCCUGCACGGCGCGUCCAUCAACGGCCGACCUCUUAACCUGUCGGCCUCCAUCCAGUCAAGGGGCAUCACCGACGUCUGCGAGAGACGCCCAAAUGUUUGCGCUGGAAGCCCCUGCGGAGAAGGUGGCGUUUGCAUUGACCGAUGGUCAACGCAUAUGUGCAUUUGUCCUAACGGGCUCAUGGCGAAGAAUUGUGAGUCGUCCCUGCACCCAGCCUCUUUCGACGGCAAUUCUUAUAUUGAAUUCUUAAUAACAGAGCAACACCGACGACGACAGCUGCUGCCCUGGCUGUAUCAUCGAAUCUCUGGCAACAAUCCUGCAGUCAAUGGACUCCGAAAUCGCAUCAGUCGCCAGUUGGCAUCAGCACCAGCAAAAAGCCUGAGUUUUCGGUUCCGAACAUUGGUUGACAAUGGAGUUCUGGUAUAUGCCGCAACAAAUAACGAUUACACCAUGGUCGUUAUAAGAGACCAGUUCUUAGAGUACACAUCCAAACUGGGAGCGAACCCGCCUGUCAACAUGACCAUUGUGGAUGUUCCCGUAAGUGACGGGGAAUGGCACAACCUGACGCUGCUCUCAGCCCACGGCGUUCUGCAGCUUGCUUUAGACGAGGCUGAUGUUGGAGAGGCACUCGAGCUGCCUUUGGUCCAUGAUUUUCUGGACGCCUACUUGACAUCUAUAACUGUCGGUGCUGCUCCUCCUCACUUCGCUGACGACGAAAAUCGACCUCCAGGUUUCAUCGGAUGCAUUGCUGCUCUAGCUGUGGACGGAGAAGUCCAGCCUUUCAACUCAACUGGAACGCUUCUCCAGGGUCGGCCUAAAGGCGCUUCUAUCGUGCCCGAGUGUGUCGGAGCUCUUCUUGGACCUGCUACGGCAACAGAUCCGCUCUCCAUUGGCAUAACUCUUGUAAUAAUUUUCUUCGUAUUACUUCUGGUAGCCAUCAUGGUUUCUUUCAUCGUGUAUAGAGUCAGGAAACAAAGAAAGGAAAAGAACUCAGGACAUGUGAAACAAAAUGGUUCUGCUCUCCUGGCGAACACGUCAACGGACUCGGGCCGUUCACCCCAAGACUCUGGAUACGCUGAAAGUGCUGAAAUGACUGACGAUGUCCUACGAUCUCAUCUAUCACAAGAACUUGCUACCAAGAAAUACAAAGACAGGGACCAUGAUAGACCCCAAAGGCCAGACAUAAUAGAGCGAGAAAUAAUGAACAAGAGUCCCGGAGUUCCACUAAGAGUCGAAGAAGCGACAAUGCCUGACCGUGACAACAUGACUGGUCACAGCAACAUGCCUGAUGAAGUGCCAGAACAUUACGACCUGGAGAAUGCAUCUUCGAUUGCCCCCUCUGACAUCGAUAUUGUUUAUCAUUACAAAGGCUACCGUGAUGGUAAUAUACGAAAGUAUAAGACCAAUCCCCAUGUACCUGGUUACCACAAACAUAGUCACCGACAUUCCCCUCACAAUUUCCCCAACACUCCCCACCGCGAGAGUCCAAGAAAUAUUUUGCGCCAGAGCCCCAAUCCCGUCCCCCCUCGAGAGUCUCCAUCGGUUUUGAAAAUGCAGUCCACACCUCUAGCGCGGCUGUCGCCAUCUUCCGAACUGUCUCAGCAAACUCCACGUAUUUUAACUUUACAGGAUUUAAGCGGUAAACCUUUACAAUCAGCUCUAUUAGGCGCGUCUCAGGGCCCUGGAGUGAAGGAUGUUUUAUCCAACAGUGAGCGCUCCCUUAAUUCUCCUGUAUCCCACAUGUCACAGUCUUCGGGUUCCAUGCACGCUUCAUCACAAGCUACCAAGAAGAAGAAGCAUGAGAGUACCGUAAAUAUGGGUUUAUCUUCAGACGAGAUUGAUAGACUUAACCAUAGGCCAAGAAAUUCUUCGCUGGUCUCUACUUUAGAUGCUGUUUCGUCUUCUAGUGAAGACAACCGACGCAACGAUAAGAUUGCUGAACUUCUGGAGACCAAUACGGAACUUUUGGAAGCACCUGAUUCAUCGACAGAUGAAUCUGGUAACGACUCAUUUACUUGUUCCGAGUUCGAGUACGAAAACAAUUAUGAGAAAGUUACCCGUGACUUUGGCCCCGGCAACAUGAUUUUCAGUAAAUUGGCUGAGGUAGACAAUGAGAACGAACAUGACAAUGAGUCCUCGAAAAACUACGAUGGAUUUGAUUCGUUCCGAGGUUCUUUGAGUACGCUGGUGGCUUCUGACGAUGACUUGAGCAACAUGAGCUCCUACAAGCCUCCCAAUGGCUCAUCUUUCGGAUGGGAUUACCUCCUAAACUGGGGUCCCAAUUUUGAGAGCCUGGUCGGGGUGUUUAGAGACAUCGCCGAGCUGCCAGACAACACAGCCAACGGACGCGUCAGCGCCCGAGGCACGCCAAAGCCUACCGAAGAAUAUGUAUAGUGAACCUUAUGAAAUAACUUGCAAUUAAGUGGUAAAAAACUCGUAAGUCUUGUAAAUUGAGAUAGUUGUGCCAAAUAAGAUGAAAGUAAUAAGGAAAGUGCCGGUGUUUCAUCUUCUAGAAACUGGUAGUACUGCAACACGAAGCAUGAAACCUUGUGAUAGUGGCAUUAAAACUAGUCACUGAAGCUCUCAUUUUCAGUGACUUAUGUAGGAAUUAUUGUUGUUGUUAAUAUUUUUAUGUUAGAUACGUUCAACCAUUCUUUAUAUAUAAAGUCGUACAGCCUUCUGCCUUGUAAAUAACUAUUCACUCCACGUGAAGCUUUUUCGUGUAAAAUGUUUCAAGAGUCGUUGCUGCGAAUGUCAGAAAGACUAAUUGCCCAUGAAACUGAAAGGAUGUUAUUGAAUGUCACAAUCAUCGCUGAUCCUCAGGGUCAAACAAUAAAUCGAGUUUAAAAACAUAAAAUUCUCUUGCAGGAGUAAAGAAUUUUUGUUUUCGCCCACAACUGAGACUGCUACUUCCUUCUUAUCGUUUACGCAUGUGCAAUCCAUUAUUUUAUUUUUUACAUCAUUAAUUGGGAAAUUGCAAAUUUGUUCACAACAAUUUAGCAAAUUCAAAAGAGAGAAUAUCAAACUAUGUCUUCACUCAAGAUAAAAUUCUGGCUUAAUAAUAUGCUUGUUAAGCGAACGCCUCAAAUUACUAUACCGUCCAUUUAUGCUACGUUGUGGUCAGCGGGCCACUGUGUCGCAGUAAAGAAUAAAGACCAGAGAUUAAAAUAUUGAUGUUUCAAUUUUUAUAAAUUAAUUCAAUUUUAUUAUCGCUAUUGUGGAUUGUAGAAGCUUAUAUUCAAGCCCACUCAACUGUUUCAAAUUGCAUUUAUUUUCACCGGAUUUUUUACAUGUUGUGUUCAGGUUGGUGAAAAUUAUUGUAUUUGAAUUAAGAUAUACGCAGUCGCAGUGUUAUUACGUCAUGUAUAAUUUUAAAUAACUACAACUCUACUCGAAGACAGGAGUUCCAUCUAAGAGAUGAUUUUAGUAUUCAGACGAUUUAUUAUUCAAAUUGUUAGGUUGCAUGUGGUCCUGCAAAGAAGUGUAAAUGUGCGUUGCAAAAACACAUGAAAAAACCAAGCCAACGACCAUAAUACUCUUUGUGUACAUAGUAGAAUUCUUGUGUAUAUAUAUUAGUAAUUAGCUACUCAACGUGUGCCAAGCAUUUAGCGUAUUUCCCGACGAUGUAAGAGCACUACUUACGCACAGUACAUUUGCUCAUGAAAUUCCUGUUACAUCGUAAACGCAUAAGUGUCCUGUAGAUGUUUCCACAAGGAUGCAAUAUUGAAACGUGCUAUGAGAUCAUGCGUCUUGCAGGCAGACUCUGCACACAACAUGCCAUGCCGAUUGUGUAAUCGUGACGUUAAAAGUUCGUACUUUUUGGUGCUAUUUUGCGCAAAACGCGUUUUUUAUGAAUAUUUCGGUUGUUGAUUCACUGUUAACCCUUGACGGCUCAGGUGUACCGUAUAUGGUCGUCUUUCAAACAUACUCAGUUAUAGUAAUGUUGUUAUCAGGAAUUGCCGCUAGAUCGAAACAUUUUCUUUUUCCAAUGAUCAACUCCUAACUUACUACACUUACAUGUAUCUUCAACCUACUCAAUCACCUUAAGAAAAAGAAACUAUUGAAAAAAAAUUUUCAGGUUAAAAUAAAUGUGGGCCGUAAGGGGUUAAUGGUUAAUUAAUUUUUUUUUCUUGAUUAAAUGUUGAUUUUGUAGGUAACUACUGUUUACUAUUUUGGCUUGCAAGCGCUGCAUAUUGUUGAACAGGUGACGGUCGUUGGACUUGAAACUUUUCCUUGGUUGGAUGAUUGUACUGGAGUUAUGUGAUUUGUAAAUAGUUGCCUCUCGUAAGUAAAACAUCCAGAAUACAA